AAAAAGAGAGUGUGAGCUGAGAGUGAACCGGGGAAACAGAGGAUUCAGUGUUAAAGGGAUGAAAGAGGGAUUGAGCCUCCGCAGUGACUGUGUGUCUGUGUUGAGCGUUUGUCUCUCAGAGGGAGAGAUGCUGUGAACGCACCAUGGAGCUGGAAGUUGCUGUUGGGUUCAGAAAACAGACCAGGAUGGAGGAUCAGGACAGGGUCAGUCAGGCCUCCAGCAGUGCCACAGUGUCCUUUCUGCCGAUCAGAGACAAGUGUCAUGAAAAAGUGCAGACAUUUGGAAAGAGAUGUCAAGCGGCGAAGAGAGACCCCAACUGUCCUGUGGUGAUCAGAGGAUGGCUGUAUAAGAGGGACAGCACUGGACUGAAAUUGUGGAAAAGAAGAUGGUUUGUUCUCUCCAAUUACUGUCUCUAUUAUUACAAAGACAGCCGUGAGGACUCUGUUCUGGGCAGUAUUCCUCUUCCCAGCUACAGGAUCCUCUACUGCUCCCCUAGAGAGUGCAGGAACCGGAAAUAUGCAUUCAAGGUUGUUCAUGAGGGGAUGCGGCCGUACAUCAUGAGCGCUGAAACCCAGGAGGACAUGUUGGGUUGGGUCAGGGCUCUCAGCCAAUCAGCAAGCAUGGAGGUUGAUGACAUCAUCAACAGACGCUGUGCAAGUUUUCAGGACUUCACUCAGAUGGGCGAUAAUGCUGAAACCAUGGAGCUCCAGCACACGGCCAUGUUUCCUCAACGAAACGCCCAGAGCACAACAAAACUGAGCAGGGUACAGACAGAACCGAAUCUAAUGGAUCAAGACAUGAUGAGAAUUAAAAUGAAGACACCAGAGCUGAGAGGAAGACAUGAGAGCAUACCAAUCGCACCUGAAGCUACUGAGCGGUCUCAGAGUUUUCUGAAUGCAGAUGAAGAACCUUUUUGCUUCCUUCAUCCGAAAGCAGCCUUUAAGCAGCCUCCAUUUCCCAGAGAGCAUCAUGGGUCACCGUGCCAUAGUAAUAUGGGCAGAGCGGAUGGUUGGCACAUGGAUAACUGCUCGAGUGCUCCAAUGUCACCCUGCAUCUACACAGAGAGGGGACAUCUGCUCGACAAGUCCGAGUUUCCAUGUUCUGUGUGCUACUGUUCCAACUACCAAACAGCAGAACACACGCCAAUGUGCAAGGCAGGUAAAUCAGACGUCGUCAUGGAGAGAGAAAUACAACCAAUCAGAGAUCUGGAAAAUGAUACAGAUGUGGUCCUCACUCGUCUGUGUGGUUGUGAUAAACUGCUGCUGUCUGUCUCUAUGCAGCUGGCUCAGUUACAGGCAGAUAAGAAAAGCAUUGAGUAUGCUUUAGAAAUCAAAUGGCUGGGGAUGGAAGACAGACUUCCUGGAGAGCAGGAAGUAUCCCAGAAGGCUUUGCUUCAGGAGGAGCUGGUUACACUCAGAGCCAGAAUAUGUGAUUUGUCAUCGGAGAUGGACAAAUUGUGGAGUGAUUAUGAAAGGAUGGAGAGUGAGCUGUCCGUUUUCCAUUCUCACCUCCAACACAUCCUUCACUUUGGAUCACCGCAGGAGCAGAUUCAGGCACAGAGGCAGCUCUGGAUGAUGGAGGAUAUCUUGUGCGGUUUGAGGGUGAACAAGAACCGCUUUAUGGCCUUACUGGGUCUACAGAGGCAGUGUGUUCCUCAACCAAAACCUGUUUCCUACUGUGAGGGCGAGUUAGGAGGCCUCAACAUGGAGUAUGUGACUGAAGCGGAGCAGCAGGACUACAUGAAGAUUCACCAGAGUUAUAAGAAAUGGACCCAUGAGAGUCCUGCCGACAGCAGAACAAGCACCGAACACGAAGCCUCACAUGAACCGCUGCGUCUGACACGUGUUGUGACAUCAACACUUCCGACGUCACUAAUCGCAGAGCGCAUUUUUGUGGACGACCCCUAUUCUGAGCCGUCCCAUCAAAUCACACUGCAGUCAGGACUGAGGAGCAGCCAGAGGAGCACGGCAAAGAAACCCAGCACAACUCUGCAUGAGACAGCCGACAAAAACAGACACUUACACUGGGCCGACGGACUGGGAGAGAUGCAACAAAAAAUACCAGAACAAAAUCUCAACUGCAGAGCCAGAGAGAAAGCACUGGCUGACAGAAAGACCUGGACAAACUAUCAGCAAGAGCUCGAGCCUGGAGCCUUGUGCCUUACAAACUCUGAGUCUGACUGCGAUACUGCUGUGAGCUCUCAGAAACACCAAACUAAACCCAGACAUAUGGAUAAAAGAGACAGAAGCACGAGUUCCGCCAGAGGGCACUUCAUAGACGACAUUCAUCCCUUGAAACUCAUUACAGCCAGUGACAAAGAGACAGAUGUCCAGAAGUACACAGCAGAUUCUGCUAUUGUAAACUUGAGUAAUGGUCACAGCAGUGAUAGAGGCAGAUUUAAAAGCCACAGGAAUGAGUCGGCCAACCCAAUAAUGUCACAAUGUGUUGAUGCAAAAGUGCACAAUGAAGUCAAGGACAAAAAAUCACAACAGUCAUCUCGGGAUGACAUCAUCGUCAUAGAAAGCCACUCCAUCAAUCAUAUUUCAACUCUUACGGUGUUUAAAGGACAUCAGGGAAACAAUCAAAUGCACAAAUCUCAUAAAAAGAACAGACAAAAAUAUUCAGUCUCCGCUAACAUUAAAUCUGAGUGUUUUCCGUCAAAUAACCAACAGUGUGAGUUAGUUCCUGUCUGUGUUCAUGAUGCAAAACCUCAAGAAUCUCUCCUUCCAGUGGAGAAUCAACAACUAGACCAGGGACCCAAUCAAAUGCCUGAUAAACCGGUUGGAAGAAACUGUGGGCGGAGCCAAAGUCCCAAAACAAUGGCACAUCUUUGCCAAGCUUAUGGAAUACAAGAAAUGCCCAAUCAAUCGGCCAAGUCUGACCAAUCCAAACCAGAGCUAUGCGUUUAUGAGGAAAUCCAGUUUAGCCCACCAAGAUCAGAAGAUGUUGAAGAGAACCAGAAGAAUCAAACCAGUGGAGAUGAAACACAACCAUCAAACCUCACUGUAAACGAGUCUGGACCGACCCACACUGAGGUCAAGAGGGAGUACAGAACCAAAAAUACAGAGAAAAGUCAACCAGGAAGUGAUGUUUCGUGCAAUAGAGGGAAAAAGUUGCAAGUUUACAGCUCCUUAAAGAAAAGCUCAGUAAUAAAUCAUAAUGUCCAGGACUGCCGGCCACGGAUAACCAUGCUCAGCACCAGCCUGUAGAUUAAAGAGGGGCUGCAGAAAGUGUGAGUGAAUGAGGCUAUAAGACACAAAGACAGAAGACGAUGAAUAUCUGAAUUGAAUAGAUAGUAAAUGGUAAGUUAAAGUGUUAAUCUACGGAAUUAAAAUUGCCUUCAUAAAAGCUUCAAUCCUUAAUGGAAUACAAUCAUAUCAUGCUCAUGUCUGUGUGUGGAGAUCCUGUUUAAUUAGGGAUGAAGAAAACUAUAUUUUCAUGUCGAACUGCAGUUUUAGUUGAGAAUGGGUGACAUUGGUGCUGUGGUUAUUUUGUGUCAUUUAAAAACUGUCAGGAGAAGAAUUCAUCAUUUUUUUUUACAUGCAUAUUAAAUUUAUUUGA